AUGCUCAAAGCUGCCAACGCUGUUUCCGUCGCAUCUCGACAACAACAGAGUGUGGCUCCUGUUAGUCGUGAACGCAUCAGCCUCAACAGGGGCUGGCACUUCCAACGCUGGGAAUCCAACCCGGACAAGAUCGUCUAUGACGUACUAAAGUCAUGGAUCCUCCCUUCGGCGAACGAUUUCAUUAGCGAUCCAACUAAGCACUACAAGCGGCCCACAGGCAAUCCCAGCGGCAAUAUACCCUUCACGGCGGCAACAUAUGACGACAGCGACUGGGAGGCGGUAGACUUGCCACACGACUGGGCCGCCAAGGGCCCGUUCUACACGGCCGACAAUGCCGUAGUCGGCGGUGGUAUGGGCCGUCUGCCAAUCCAAGGCGUUGCUUGGUACCGUCGCAAGCUGUUCAUAGGUCCUGAGGACCAAAGCAGACGGGUGUACUUGGACAUCGAUGGCGCCAUGUCGUAUGCCAUGGUCUGGAUCAAUGGUUAUCUGGCUGGUGGCUGGCCUUUUGGUUACAACUCGUUCCGUAUUGACCUCACGCCGUACCUCAAGCCAGGUGACAAUAACCAGUUAGCCAUACGUCUCGAUAACCCGGUCCAGUCGUCUCGUUGGUAUCCCGGCAGCGGUCUCUACCGUAACGUCUGGCUGGUGAAGGUUGAUGAGACACACGUGGGUCACUGGGGCACGUUCAUCACGACCGAGGGCGCGACUGCCGAGACGGCGACCAUUCAGCUAUCCGUGCAGGUUGAAAAUAGCGGCAAGGAGGAUCGGGAAAUUGAAAUCCUUACCGAGGUACACGGCUUCGACCCCAAGACCGGGAAGCCAGACAAAAGCGUACUGGCCGAGUUCGCCUCCAAAGUGAUCACCGUUACUGCCGGCCGGAAGCGGACAGUCAGCACUUCGGCCACGAUAGAGAAGCCGCAGCUCUGGGGCCCGCCACCAACGCAAAGGCCGAAUCUGCACGUGGCGGUGACGCGGCUGGUCACGGGCAACAAGACGAUCGACACGUACGAGACGCGCUUUGGCAUCCGCGCCCUGAAGGCUACCGGUGAGGGUCUGCUAGUCAACGGCGAGCGUAUCUACCUCCAAGGAGUUAACCAGCACCAUGAUCUAGGCGCUAUUGGUGCUGCUUUCAACUACCGCGCGGCGCAGCGUCAACUGGAGAUACUCCGCGAGCUCGGGAGUAACGCAAUACGCAUGGCGCAUAACCCACCCGCCCCUGAGCUGCUCGAUCUGGCGGAUGAGAUGGGCUUUCUCGUCAUGGACGAGGCCUUUGACUGCUGGCAGAAGCAGAAGAACCCAAAUGAUUUCCACCUCAUCUUUGACGAUUGGUCCGAAGCUGACGUGCGGGCCAUGAUGCGCCGCGACCGAAACCAUCCCUCCAUCUUCGCCUGGAGCAUCGGGAAUGAGGUGGGUGAACAGACGGACGGGGCGAACGGCGAGAGAAUCGGCCGGCGGCUGAGCGCCAUCGUCCACGAAGAGGACCCCUUCCGCGGCAGCACGGCUUCGAUGAACGUGGCGAAGCCGAACCAACCGUUCCCAAAGGCUCUCGAUGUAAUGAGUCUCAACUACCAAGGCGAAGGCAUCCGCGAUUCAGCACCCCUUUACCCGGACUUCCACAGAGCCUUCCCCAAUGCCCUUCUUCUCAGCAGUGAGACAGCCGCAGCCCUCAGCACCCGCGGCACGUAUUUCUUCCCCGUGGCCAAAGAAUUCAGCGCACCACACACCGACCAACCCGGCGGUGGUGGCAACCCACAACUGCGGCAGGUGAGCGCCUACGAGCUGUACACGAUGCCGUUCGGUGCUUCACCCGACAAGGUGUUCCAGAAGCAGGAUGAAAACCCGUACGUCGCUGGCGAAUUCGUCUGGACAGGCUGGGACUACCUGGGCGAGCCAACGCCAUACUACUCGGCGCGUAGCUCGUACUUUGGUAUCGUCGACCUCUGUGGCUUCAAGAAAGACCGGUUUUACCUGUACCAAGCGCGGUGGCGGCCGGAUCUCAAGACUGCCCAUCUCCUUCCGCACUGGAACUGGCCUGCCCGCAAGGGCGAGGUGACCCCCGUGCAUGUCUUCUCCGCCGCCAAUGAGGCCGAGCUCUUCCUGAACGGCAGAACUCAGGGUAGGAUAAAGAAAGAGGCCUCCAACUAUCGUUUCCGGUGGGACAAUGUCAAGUACGAGGCUGGUGAGCUGCAUGUCGUAACCUACAAGGACGGUAAGGUGUGGGCGAACGACACCGUUCACACCACCGGGCCUCCCGCGCGGCUACGACUACGAGCUGACCGCGCCCAUAUCGAGGCCGACGGUUACGAUCUGUCGUUCCUUACGCUCGAAGUGGUUGAUGAGGGCGGUGAGGUUGUCCCGGAUGCGAGCAACUUUGUUACCUUCGCUGUUUCCUCCGGAGAGGGCGAGAUCGUGGCCACCGACAACGGAAACCCCUACGACAUGGCCGCAUUCACGUCCAAGCAGCGCAAGGCCUUCAGUGGCAUGGCGCUGUCCAUUGUGCGUGCAAAGCCGGGUGUGAAGGGCGCCUUCACCGUGACAGCGACGGCGGGGCAGCUUCUUGGUGCAAAUGUUACGAUAGUAACACAGUAA